CAAGUGACGUCCGGCUGUGGAAAGUUGUAAAUUCACUCAGAAGUGUAUGUUGUGCCCACUCACAAGAGUAUUCGUACACGCGAAAUAUACGCGCACACGCCCUGUCUCGAUUGAGUUAUUAAUAUAGCGCUGUCAGUGAUAAGGACAAUUUUAUUGCUGUAGCUGGUGUCUCAAUGAUACAUUUUACAUAACUUAUACAAAUGAGCCAAAUGACACUUUAAAACUCCUCAUCGCCCGGUGUUAACUCAAAACUACCACAUGCGGCUUUUAAAAAUGUCUUGUAAUGUCCUGCGACGUGAAGAAUCCAGACGUAAAAAUAUUCGACAUGUUUCUGGACUGAUUAAUAUUUACUGGAGAGAUAAAUUAGAUCUCAAAGUGCAGUAAUUAAUUGGAAUAUAUCAAAUACACCUGCUUAAAGGGAAAGGAUGCCAUCCCAUUGGCUGCAAAGAAAUUCAUCUAUAAUGGCUAUUUAUAGUGUAUAAAUAUGCUCUCUCAGCGUUUAUUCUUCUGCAACUUGCAAGUCCGCUCAGUCAAUCGGAACUGCAGGCUAAAAAGAGCUCAUCAGAUUCGUGUCCAACGAGUUGGUAGCUAAUUUUACGUUAAAACAAUCAACGCGCAGAAGCAAUAUCACUAGUGACUACACACUGAGAAUUUCUGUUGCAAAAAUGCAGGUCUGCUGUAGAAUGAUUUAUGUGCUUCUUCAGAGCCUUUUCUUUUUGGUCAUCAUUGUCUGCGGUGUGGACCACUGUCCAAAUUCAGUUCAUCCGUCAGCAGGAAGAUGUAAAAUCGACUGUUUACUGAAUGCUCAGUGUGAAAGAUGGCAAUACUGUUGUAAAACCGGCUGCCGGCAAACUUGUGUGAACUACACGACAUGUCAGUUACAAAAAAUCGAGGCAGCGCUGAUGAGACGUGGCUUUUCGCCAGCGUGCAAUCCGGACGGAAGCUUCAGGGAAAUCCAGUGCACAACUACAACGCCACUGAAAUGCUGGAGAGUUAAUGCACAAGGAGAAAAGUUUCAAGAAACCGAUGUCACCAUUAAGUUUUCCUCUAACUCUGAACGUCAUCAACCUCAGGCGUGGAAAAGAAAACCCAGAAACGUCCGGCAAUACCCAAACCUGGAAGAGGACGAAAUGGACGAAAAUCCCUCCAAAAAGGAAAAAACCCGCUGCCAUCGAAUGCGUGAACGCAGGUUGAGGAAAAGAAAGAACAACCCUGGAGUAUUCGUGCCAAAGUGCAAAUCAAACGGCCACUUUAGAGUUCUGCAAUGUAACAGGAAAACAAAAGCCUGUUGGUGCGUGGACCGGCAAGGAAAACAGAUUCAAGGGACCAGGAUCAGAGGAGGAGGAAAACCGAAGUGUAGAACUUCAACAGUUACUCGCGAUUGUGGAAAACGUUGGGGUUUGUACAAUCCUCGCUCCCGAAGGAUUGUGGGAGGACAAGAAAGCGUUCCUAACUCCUGGCCGUGGAUGUCUGCUCUGUUCUUUAAUCGCACCAAGCUUACCUGCGGAGCAACCAUCAUAAAACCAUCUUGGGUCGUGACCGCUGCACAUUGCUUUAAUGAACAAACAUCAAAGAAACCCUCAGACUGGGAGGUGCACAUUGGUGAACAUUCACUUCACAGAGAGGAAGGGAAAGAACAAAAGCUUGACGUCAAACAAAUACUAAUUCACCCAAACUAUAAGCCAAGUAAUUCCUCCCACCCCGGUGACAACGAUAUCGUUCGUACAACGGAGCAGUGGGAGGAAACUUCCUGUGUGCCGGAUUCAAGGAAGGUGGCACUGACAAAUGCUCUUACGAUAGCGGGGGACCGCUGGCCUGUCCAGAUCCGAGCGGGGACGGCACCUGGAUGCUUGCAGGCAUAGUGAGCUGGGGAGAGAGGUGUGCGUUGCCGUACAAAUAUGGUGUUUACACGAAUGUGAACGAGUAUACUCGGUGGAUGGAGGCAAAUUUGAAGAUUGACAGAUGAAUAAGUGCGAGUUUUUUCUUUUUUGCUAAACAACAUCGUGCAGGGCUGAUGUACGCCACCUGAAAUGGGCUAAAUGUAAAGCAAACGUUGAAAAUGAAAAUCGGAUUACUCGCUUAAGUAAAACAUAAAACUCGGAUAGUUUUCUUGAUUAAUUUUACAUUUUGGAAAACCCUGCGUAAAUUGUUCCGAUAUUCACAUAUCUUUUCAACGGAUCAUUUCAUGAAAUGUAAAACGAAAUUCAUAAAUAUAGCAUUGGCCGGUCUUAAAAUUAUUGCUGAGAGUUAGGAGGGGCAGAUGCCCUAAGAGCUGUUUGGUAAGCGCAUGCAGUUGAACGUAAAGACAGAAAAUGCAUGUAAAUAUCGAAUUAUAUUUAACAUGACGAAGAAAGCUCCAUAAGAAGUAAAUGCAGGCUCUCUAGAACCAAGGUGGCUAACAGAAGGUUAGUGUUUGGUAGUAAAAAUGGAUAUCAAAUAUCAAGUUAUUGACAAAAUUUAAGAGUAUACAGAUCACUUUUUUUCAUAUUAUAAUAUAACGUAUUCAUAUCAAAUAUGAUUGUUAAGCAAGCCAUACUUUAUAACGUGAAGCCUGCGUAAAUUUAGUGUUAUCCCUGUGUAAUAUAUCUUUGUUAACACAGUUGUAACAGAUCUGCCAUGAGUUAAGAAAAAAGAUGUACGAUCUGGUUGAAAGGUUCUUGCUAUCAGCAAGAUCUCUUUUGCAUGAUCUAAAUCGUACAACUUUUAAAGAUGCUUCUCUGAAAUCCCCCGGUGUUUAUCUUUCUAUCAGGAAAGUAGAUCAUAUGAAAGACGUAUGUCACUCAGGUAAAGGCCUGCAUGAUAAACAAGUGUUUAGGCUACUCAGGUAUUCAAGGGACAUGAAACCAUUUUGAUGGAGAAAUCGAGCAAACACGAAUGCAUUUAGGAAUCAAGACAUCCAAUUUCAUCGACAGCAGCUUAUGAAAGGAAGA